ACCAUCGUUGUUCGGCUUUCCUAACCAAACCUCCAUCGCCGCCGACCGUCCGACCGGGGCGCAGCACAGCACCCUCAUCAACCUUCAUCGCGUACUUGGCCCACGAAUUAUAUAUCGCUAACCUGUGCCCUUGGCAGAAAACAUAAAGCAGUCUUUCCACCGUCACGGUCGAGCACAGAGUUAUCACCGCCACCAGCAGCAGACCAUGCCCCAGCCCGCCAACGGCCGGCUCCACGAUGAGCACACCCCGCUCAUCGGGCGCACCCAGAACUACGAGGAUGAAUCGCGCGUCAAGACUAUGCCCAAGCAUGUCUUGCAUUUGAUCUAUGCGACACUCGCCAGCAACUAUGUCAACGUCUUCCUCGUCUUCGUGCCGCUCGGCAUCAUCGCCGGCGCAUUGCACUGGAACCCUACCGUCGUCUUCGUCCUCAACUUCAUCGCUAUUAUCCCUCUUGCCGCACUCCUGAGUUUCGCGACUGAGGAGCUAUCCGCUAAGCUUGGUCAAACUCUUGGUGGAUUGAUGAAUGCGACAUUUGGAAAUGCCGUCGAACUCAUUGUCUCUAUCGUUGCACUCAAGCAAGGCGAAAUCCGAAUUGUCCAAGCCAGUAUGCUGGGCAGUAUUCUGUCCAACAUUCUUCUUGUGCUCGGAUGCUGCUUCCUUGCCGCGGGCCUGACUCAACACGAGAGCCGAUUCAACGAGACCGUCGCAUCUACCAUGUCCUCGCUCAUGGCCGUCGCAUCCGCCUCGCUCAUCAUUCCCGCCACCCUCUACGCCGUCAUGCACAGUGACAACAAGAAGGACAACCUCGAGACUGACAAGAACAUUCUGGUCCUCUCCCACGGCACUGCCAUCAUCCUGCUCAUCCUCUACAUCCUAUACCUCUACUUCCAGCUCUACUCCCACCACAGCCUCUUCGCUGAUGUCGAGAAUCAAGAGGGUGGCGGCGAGGAGGAGGAGGCCCAGAUCUUGUCACCCGUCGCUGCCGGUGUUGCGCUGGUCCUUGUCACCGUCCUCGUAGCUGUUUGCGCCGAGUUCCUUGUCGACAGUAUCGAUUCGAUUGUAGAAUCCGCACACAUCAGCAAAACAUUCGUCGGUUUAGUGUUGAUCCCCAUCGUCGGAAACGCAGCCGAGCACGUCACCGCCGUCAUCGUCGCAUACAAGGGCAAGAUGGACCUCGCUAUCAACGUCGCCAUCGGAUCCUCCAUGCAGAUCGCUCUCUUCGUCACUCCCUUCCUUGUCAUCCUCGGCUGGAUUAUGGGCCAGCCCAUGACCCUCCACUUCCAGGGCUUCGAGACAAUGAUCUUCUUCAUCUCCGUCCUGAUCGUCAACUACCUGAUCCAGGAUGGAAAGAGCAACUACCUCGAGGGCGCCAUGUGCAUUGGCAUCUACGCCAUAAUCGCGCUUGCGUUCUACAUCUACCCCGACAACGCGGCCGGCGACAUCACCGUCGACGUUGUCAAGCGAUUCUUCGCUGUCAACUAGAGCAUGCAAAUGCUUUAGUUGCAAAUUGAUUCGCGCUCGCUGAGCGGCGCGGUGAAUCCCAUUUCCUUUGUACAAUCUAUGUUCUGCUCUAAUAUAUCUUGGCACAAGACUACAGAACGGAAGGGCCUCUUCGUUUUCCUAUUUGCUACUGCAUUUCCUUAG